ACAGUUGCUGCUUGAACAACGGAAAGUGCAGUCAGUGGUUGUUUUGCUAGCUAUUAAAUGGGAUCUAUAGGAAAAAUCGGGUUUCUUGGCGGUGGCAACAUGGCCAAAGCCUUGGCAAAGGGUUUUAUAGCCGCAGGUCUGACCAAACCCAGCGGCAUUAUAGCCAGUGUACAUCCGGCGGACAAGGUAUCACAGCAAUCCUUUCAAUCUCUGGGCAUCGAAACACUAGUCGAGAACGCACCCGUCGUGGAGAAAUCUGAAAUUGUUUUUGUCUCUGUCAAGCCACAGGUGGUGCCCAAGGUGCUAGCAGAGAUUAAGCCGUUAAGCGCAAAUAAGCUUUUCCUUUCUGUAGCCAUGGGCAUCACAUUGAAGAGCCUCGAGUCCAGUUUAUCAACGCAAUCGCGGGUUAUACGCGUCAUGCCAAAUACCCCGGCUUUGGUCUGUUCCGGCUGUUCAGUCUACGUACGCGGCAGCCAGGCGAGCGAUGCAGAUGCACAAGUCACCCAGCGCCUACUUGAGGCUGUUGGCACGUGCGAAGCCUGUGAUGAGUCGCAGCUGGACAUAGUCACAGCCCUGAGUGGUAGCGGGCCCGCCUAUGUGUUCGUAAUGAUCGAAGCGCUAGCCGAUGGCGCCGUGCAUAUGGGCAUGCCCAGAGAUCUAGCCUACCGUUUGGCAGCACAGACAGUGCUAGGUGCCGGUCACAUGGUACGUGAAUGCGCCACACAUCCCGGCCAGCUGAAAGACAACGUAACCAGUCCGGCUGGCUCAACGGCAGCGGCCUUAAGGCAUCUCGAGCGAUCAGGUUUCCGUGCGGCAGUUGCUGGGGCGGUGGAGGCUGCAACGCUGCGCUGCCGGCAGAUCUCGGGCGAACAGACGUAGACGCAAUAAAUAGGUUCUGUUUUUUUUUUGUUUUCAUAAUAAUUAAAGUACUCAACACAUUUUGCCUUAAAA